UUGCAUAACCUCACUUUACAGAUAAGGUUAUGUUUUCAGUGAAGUCAAGAAUUUAGAACGAAGUUGUUUUAAACAAAAACACACAAUGCCUUUCAUGAAAGGAGCCGCUCCUAUAAGGAGAACCUUAAAAUACUUGGAGGCUGGCAAGUUAAUACUCAAGGACCAGAUUAAAGUCUUCUCCAUUAACUAUAAUAUGGGUGGAAAAAAUCAUCAUGGAGCAAAGGACUUCGUGUUUUGGUAUCUUCCUCAAAUCCAAUACAAAAAUCCAAACGUACAAAUAGUGAGCUUUAAAAGUAUGACCCCGUCACCAUUUAUUAGAUGUUUCUAUGAAAAUGGCCAACAAAUGCUCAUCGACAUUGAUAACAGGACCAAAGAAGAAAUCCAUGAACAUUUAAUAAACGUUGUAGGAAAGACAAAGGCUGUAUUAGAGGCAGAAGCCAUAGCAAAGGAAAAGAAAGAUAACCCUGCCAACUUUGGAGCAUUCUGCGACAGACACUGUAUAUGUGAAAUCCCUGGGCAACUCCCUUGCCCUGCUACUUGUCCGGUCCCUAAACAUAUGAGAGGCAAAUACAAGUACAAUAAAAUAGUGGAGUAGUUCUUGUUAAUAUUUAUUAGGUUUAAUAAAAAAUAAACAGUUA